UCCACCAAGACUGCUCCUGUCACUAUGAAGAUGGACAUGAAAGGAUUUUACCUUUACUGGACAAAUCAAAGCAAGGAGACAACAUUCUUGGAUGUUGCUACAAUCAGAGAUACCAGAACAGGAAGAUAUGCUAAACUUCCCAAACACCCUAAGGUCCGCGAUGUGUUCAACCUGGAUUUUCCGGACAACAAUUACCUGUCCAAAACGCUGACUGUUGUCUCGGGUCCUGAUUGUGUCAAUCUGACCUAUCAUAACUUCUUUGCCUCCAAAGAUAAAGUGACACAGAAUUGGGCGGAUGACAUUCUUGCAGUGGCCUACAAUGCUGCAAGAAUUAACGCCUGCAGGCAAGUUUUCCUGGACAAAAUAUAUGUAGGGAUUUGUCUUCAUACCAACAAGGACGGCAAGAUCCCGGUGAAAAAUAUAUACAAAAUGUUCCCUGCUGAUAAGAAGAGAGUGGAAAGUGCCCUGGUGUCUGCACAUCUCCCCAAAGGAAAGUAUGAGAGCAUGAAGCCUGAUGUCUUCACUGAAUCAGCCUUUAAGAAUUUCUUGGCAUACCUGUGUCCUCGCCCUGAAAUCUAUGAGAUCUUCACUUGCUACUCCAACAAACCCACCAUGACCAAAGAGCACUUCACCAAGUUCCUCAAUGAGAAGCAGAGGGACUCUCGCCUCAAUGAGGAACUGUUUCCACGACUGCGGCAGGACCAGAUUCGAGCUUUGAUGGUCAAAUACGAACUCUGCAACACCAACUGUAACAGAGGUCUGAUUACUCCAGAAGGUCUUUUGUCCUUCCUCAUGGGUCCAGAGACUUCUGUGGUCUUGCAAGACAGGCUGGCCAAGUGUCAGGACAUGACUCAGCCAUUACCUCAUUACUUCAUAAAGUCCUCGCACAACACGUACCUAACAGCUGGUCAAUUUUCUGGUGUUUCCUCUCCGGAGAUGUACCGCCAGUGUCUGCUGUCCGGGUGCCGGUGUCUGGAACUGGACUGCUGGAAAGGGAAACCGCCAGAGGAGGAGCCUAUCAUUACACACGGCUUCACAAUGACCACUGAGAUCCUGUUUAAGGAUGUGAUUGAGGCCAUUGCUGAAAGUGCCUUCAAAACCUCACAGUAUCCUGUUAUACUUUCCUUUGAGAACCACGUUGACUCGGUGAAACAGCAGGAGAAGAUGGCCAACCACUGCACAACCAUAUUUGGUAAUGCCCUGCUGACAGAACCUCUGGACAAAUACCCACUGAAGCCAGGUCAGCAGAUCCCGAGUCCAUCUGAGUUAAUGGGCAAGAUCCUGAUCAAGAACAAGAAGGGCAACCAUGAGAAGACAAACCAGACGAUGAAGAAGGGCAGCGCGGCAGCCAGUGACCAGGUGGCAACCACAGCUUUACCCGCACAAAACAUUGGCACACUCUACCAAGAGCCUGUCAACCAGACAAGCAGCGAUAUGGAGAACCAAGAGGCGGACGUGACAGGGGAGGACAAUGAAGAGCAAGAGGACACAGGGGAACAGGACGAGGAAAAAAUGAAGACAUGUGACGAGGGCACAGCUGGACAGGAAGUGACAGCGUACGAGGCGAUGUCAUCUCUGGUUAACUACAUCCAGCCAAACAAAUUCAUCUGUUUUGACAACGCCAGGAAAAAAAACAAGAGUUACGUCAUCUCAUCUUUUGUGGAGACCAAAGGGGAGGCUAUGAUCGCCAAGACUGCUGUUGAAUUUGUGGAGUAUAAUAAAAGGCAGAUGAGCAGGAUUUACCCCAAAGGAACAAGAAUGGACUCUUCCAAUUUCAACCCACAGCCUUUUUGGACUGUAGGCUGCCAGAUGGUGGCGCUAAACUAUCAGACAAUGGACUUCCCCAUGCAGCUGAACAUGGCUCUGUUCGAAUACAAUGGGAGGACAGGCUACAUCCUCAAACACGAUGUCCUGCGACGCGGAGACAAGAAAUUCGACCCGUUUUGCGAGAGGAUUGACACAGUUGUGGCGAUUACGCUGACUAUUAAGAUCUAUUCAGGACAGUUUCUGUCGGACAAGAACGUGAGAACAGGAGUUGAGGUGGAGGUCAUCGGGCUGCCAGGAGACCCCAAGAAGAAAUAUCGCACCAAGUGGUCCACAACACCUAACUCCAUUAACCCAGUGUGGAAUGAGGAGCCUUUUGUCUUUGAAAAGAUUCUCCUCCCAGAAAAGGCCAGUCUGAGAAUGGUAGUAAAUGAUGAAAAUGGCAAAUUCAUUGGACACAGAAUCAUUCCACUUGAUGCCAUUCAGUCAGGCUUCCAUCACAUCUGUCUGCGUAGUGAGAGCAACAUGCCGCUCACAAUGCCCGCCCUUUUUGUGUACAUUGAGGUCAAGGACUACAUCCCUGCUGCUUUUGCAGAUUUCACAGAUGCUUUAUUCAAUCCAACAAAGGGCGCAGAAAAAACUUCAAGGAUGCUGAAAGAGUCCUCCACAGACUACAUCUCUCCUUAUGAGUUGCCUUUUGUUGCCCAAACUAAAGUGACGAGUGCAAGAGAACCAACAUUUGAAAUUCCGCUCUCUAAACCAAACACACCCAUUGAAGAGAGUUGCCCACCAUCCCAUGAUGAUGCUCCAGCUGAGGUGAAUGCCGAAGACACUGCAGAAGACUGCAUGCCAGAGACUCCCCAACCUGAAGACCUCCCUCCAGUUGUUGCACCUGAACCAGGGAGUGUCACAAAUGAGACACUUCCAGGUGCUCCUGCAGAGGUUGCUGUUGAGGAGGAGCCUGAGGACACCACCAAAGACCGAGAGGAGUCGAGCUCUGACUCAGACGAUACACCAGUUGAAAAGGAGGUUCAAGGAGAGUCUACUGUGUUAAGUCUGUCAGAAUGUUCCACUGUGACCACAGCAGAACUAACACAGCACAGGAGCUACUUGAAGAUCAUCAAGCAUCAGGAGAAAGAGAUGAAAGAAAUAGAAAAGAAGUACAAGAGAAAAGUGGAAAAUCUGACCCAGAAAUACUCGGAUGUUUUCAAGGCUUGCAAGAAAAAGUCCUCGUUGAAAAAAAAAGAAACUUACCUGGUUGGAGGAAGCACGACGGACUACGGCACAAAAACGGUGCAGGAACACAAGCAAAACAUACAAUCUGAGCUGCACACUUUGUGGAUGGAACAUUGCGAUCAGCUGAGGACGAAGAAAGAGCAAAGUGCAACAGAGAGACUGGCUAAACUGAUGGAGAUGGCCUCUGAGAGACACAGCAUUGAACUGAAGACUUUGGGAAGUGAAAUCAAAAAGAAGACAAAAUCAGAGAACGCCAACCUUGCGAUUACAGCACCCAGCAAGAGACUCUGAUGGCGAAACAGGCGGCGACACUGGAGGAGAUCAAGGCUCUGACGACUCAGCUUAAUCAGGAGGCUCUGAAGGAGCAUGAAGAUAAAAUGAGGUGUCUGUCAGCUGAAGUAAGGAAAGGUGUUAACGCCUGUGUCGGCCUUCACUUUCCUGAACUCAUCGACCAGGCGGCCAACGAUAAAGCAGAGGGUGCCAAC